UGUCGGGGAGAUGGGGGGUGGUGGAGGGGAGUGUGCCGUGGAGUGUGGCACGGCUCUCAUAAGUGGCAGUGCCUCGCUACACCUGCAGGAGCCAACACCCGCCCGUCCCACUCCACUCCCACCCUCUCACUCACACACCGCCAUCAUGCCUGGACCCACCGAGGAACUGGACGAAGAGAAGAUGGCAAUGCUGCGGAAGGCCUUCGCCAUGUUCGACAACGGGAAGACCGGCAAGAUCGAGAAGGAGAAAAUCAGGACCAUCCUCAACACCCUUGGGGCGAACUACAUCAACGAGGAGCUCGAAACCCUCCUGGUAGACAACGACAUAGAAGGCACUGGCAAGUUGGAUUUUGAUUCGUUCGUCCGCGUUGUUGGCCACUUCCUAGAAGAGCAAGACGAGGAGGCGAUGCAGAAGGAGCUGAAGGAGGCCUUCAGGCUGUAUGAUAAAGAGGGUAACGGCUUUAUCCCGACGGCGGCGCUGAAGGAGAUCCUGGGUGCCCUCGACGACAAGCUCACCAGCGCCGACCUCGACAACAUCGUCGAGGAAAUUGAUGAGGAUGGUUCUGGCACGGUCGACUUUGACGAGUUCAUGGAGAUGAUGACGGGCGACUAGUCCAGCAGGUGGUGCCCUCUAGCGGCGCGGCGCUCAACCUCGCCUCGGGACCUGCCGUACCUCCUCCUCGCAAGUCCUCGGCUCCAGGCCUCCAGCUCCAAGAACUUCCAACCCUUCCUUCUCCAGCCCUCGUCCCCAUUAAGCCCUCACCCUUUAAACCCCAAGCCUAUAAAACUCUUAGACGCCCUCCUUGGAAACCCCCAACCCUUACUCUCAAGUCUCAAACCCCCCUUACUCUCCACCCCAUUUCAUUCGCCUUUCAGCCACCAGCCCUAACCUACACCCCCCCUCCUCUUCCCCAAGGUUUCCUGCACUACGCCUCAAUACGCGCCUCGUUAACUGUGUGUACACACUGAAUUACGCAACUCUAAUAUUAUUUACAAGUCAAAUAUUUUGACUCAUGAAGGUCUUUUUUCCUUUAAGUUCCCGCAGAAGUGUUGCCAAGAGGGGUUGGGCUCCUGUAACCCGCUCUCGCCCCGCGGGAAGGUUCCUCAGUCACAUCUUCAUUCGAUUCAUUCCUUAGAUGAGAGUGAUCUAACUCCUUGACUCAGUACAUAACAGAGGCCCCGAUAUAUAUACUGGAAAUUUACCCGUUUGUCAAGCGCCUCUACACCUACCCUUCCCCUCCCUAAAUCAUUUAUUACUUAGUACAAAAUGAGGGAAACUGUCGAAAAAAAACUGACACUCGAGCGUACAAUCUCUGCCAGAAGGGCUAAGAUGGUUCUUAAUACUUCUUGAAGUAUGUGUGUCUUACCAAGUCUUCUUAUGGAGUCCCUGUCAAUGCUUACCUUCUAACUCAUCCGGGUACUAAAUCAUUCUUUUCUUUACCCAAAAACUGGAUAAAAAUCUAAGCAAGUGGAAGCCAUGCACGUGAAAUACACAAACUGCAUUAUCAGUAUUCAUGAAACUUUACCCCUACACAACACCAGUCAUUGCUAUGAUGAAGUUUUGUGGCUGUGGCUGAUAAAUAAUCACACACACACACACACACACACACACACACACACACACACACACACACACACACACACACACACACACACACACACACACACACACACACAUACACACACACACACACAAGGAAGACCAGCACCGCACCGCAGCUCGUGUCCUAACUGAGAAAACCUCAAUUGUCUUAUAGGAUGUUUUUAACUUAUGGUCGAUGGUUCAUAACGUCCAAUAUUUAUAUUAUUAUUACUAUUACUACCAAAUACUUGUAUCCUGUUUAUUUCAAGUUGGAACAGCUUAUAUUUACUGUAAUCCAGACUGUAUUUCUGUACAUAUAUUAUCUUCUGAGUCAGAUAUAGCGUCUUUGAGCCAGAUAUAUAUAACCAUGUAAUAAAUACUGUCAACUAGGGUUUGCUAAUGUAUGCAGCAUUACUCAGUAUGAUUAACCUGUCUCGCCAAACAACCAUCUUAACGGUAGGCAUCUUACACCAUAUGCUUCUUUAUUUUGAUUUUGUAAGUUGUUAAUUUCCUGCACUUGAAUAAUAAAGUCUGCAAUUUUGCACAAA